ACUUGGACAACUAAAUCACCUCGGAUUUGACUUUAGAUGGAAAAGAAGGAUUUGAUCUUUGUUGGAUCACUUUGACUCAUCCUCAAGUGACCUGGAGAUCAUUUGUCUCUCUCGGGAAGGUUCUCGGACAUGUUGAUCCAGUAGGUCUUUGUCCAUCAUCAUGCUGCUGGUUCUGAUUGUGGUCCUGAAUUUGAGCUGGGGGGCUCGCAGCUCCGAGCCCUCGUCCAUAACUGUCCAGUACCGCAUGUGGGAGGAGCAGCCUGUGGGAACUCGGGUCGGCCGCCUGGUGGACGACCUUUGGCAGAUGGACCAGGUGGGUCCCCUGGAGGACUUCCAGGUCGUGGAACACGGAAGAACCCUUCCCUUUUCUGUCAGCGCUCGAGAUGGCAUUGUCUCCACCCAGGGACGUUUGGACAGGGAGGAGUUGUGUCGUGGUUCCGAUUUGUGCGAGGUGGCCUUCAGUGUUCUCUACAAAAAAAGCGGCGCGGUGAACUGCCUGCGGGUUCACGUGGAGGUGAUGGACCUGAAUGACCACAGUCCCAGCUUUGCCAGUCCAGCACAGGAAGUGGAGAUCUCAGAGACGGCCAGCCUACGAAUGAGAAUCCCGCUGGAAUGUGCAGUGGAUCCUGAUGCAGGAGCCAACGGUCUUCAGAACUAUUCGCUUUCUGUCAAUCAACACUUUGAUCUGGAUGUGACAACUGCCCUGGGCGGGACUAAACAGGCGGAGCUGGUGGUGAUCAAAGAACUGGACAGGGAAGUGCAAGCAUCCUUUGACCUCAUCCUGGUGGCAUGGGACAAAGGGAACCCUCCGAGGUCUGGGAGUACCUUAGUCCAUGUUAAUAUUCUGGACUCAAAUGAUAAUAGUCCUACUUUUGAGGAAAGUACCCCUACUGUGGAGAUACCUGAGAACACGGCCCGAGGAACAACCAUCAUCCACCUUAAAGCCACUGAUCCAGACCAAGGUGCCAACGGGGAGGUGGAGUACUCGCUAAGUAAGCACACACAUCCUGAGGUUCAGAGGCUGUUCUAUGUGGAUCCACAGAGCGGUGUUGUGAGUGUCAGAGCCCCUCUGGAUUACGAGGCCCAUUCCUCCCAUGAAGUCAUCAUACAAGCCCGUGAUCGUGGACCUAACUCCAUUCCUUCGCACUUCAUGCUCCAUGUCAAGCUAACAGACGUUAACGAUAACGCCCCCAGGAUACACAUGACCUGGACUCAUCCCAACUCGGCGGCUGCGACCGUGCUGGAAGGAGCCCCGGCGGACACCUUCCUUGCCCUGGUGAUGGUUUCUGAUGCGGAUUCAGGAGAAAAUGGGAAAGUGACAGCGGUGAUGCCGCAAAGUUCCGGCCCAUUCCGCCUUAAAAAGGUGCACGGUGAAAACUACAUGAUCGUAACUGCUGGCCCCCUGGAUCGGGAGAAGGUGAUGGACUACAACGUUACACUUCUGGCGCAGGAUUAUGGAGAUCCUCCGCUGUCCUGCGUCAAACACCUGCCUGUUCAUGUUCUGGAUGAGAACGACAACGCGCCAGUUUUUUCAUCCUCUAUCUUCAAAGCUUCCUUCGAGGAGAACAACCUAGCGGGUUAUCGCGCACUCAAAGUAGAAGCGCAUGACGCCGACUUGGAGCUGAGUGGCAGAGUCUUGUACUACAUUCCCAACUCCACUCAGACCUUCUCCAUCCACCCCACAAGUGGCGUAGUCAACGUCCUUCACCCUCUAGACUACGAAGAGUCACAGUCCCACUCAUUCCUGGUGGAAGCCGUGGAUCAGGGCCAUCCGCCUCAUAGGACCGUGGCCACGGUGCAGAUUGACCUCCAGGAUGUGAACGACAACUACCCGGUCAUUAAGGAGCCCAGACCCAAAGAGGGUGUGGCUUUCAUAAGUGUUCCAGUGGAUGCAGACCAUGGGGAGAUUGUGACCGAACUAGAAAGUGAUGCUGAGGAAGAAUCGAGCGGUUUUCCCAUGGAACAUUCAGUCCGAGAGGGAUUCGAUGGAUUUCUUGUGUCUACAAUAAAGGCUGAAGAUUCUGAUUCAGGACUGAAUGGACGACUCCAGUUCUUCAUCACUGACGGAAACCCGCACGGGCUCUUCUGGUUGGACCAGACCACGGGCCAACUGUUUAUGAACACUACCAAUGCCACUGAGCUCAUUGGGAAAACCAUCAAGGUACACAUUUCUGUAUCUGACAUGGGGACCCCCAGCUUGACCACCAAGGCCACACUGGAAGUGGCCUUUAUCAACCUUAAGGACCACUUGAAGAACUCGUCUCCUGGCAACCGCGGGCGGCUCAGCUUCACCGUGAUGAUGGCCAUCUGCCUGGGGGCGGCAUGUCUGCUGCUGCUGCUAGCCGUCGCUGUCGUCACAACAUUCUGUCGGCCCGACAAACGGGAGAACCGGGCGUACAACUGCAGGCAGGCCGAGUCGACGUACACCCGCCAUCCUCGACGCCCGCAGAAGAACAUCAGGAAGUCGGACAUUCAGCUCAUUCCUGUCAUCAGGGAACGCAAAGAGGGUCCUCCUCUGGACGACAGCGAGACGACACCGCUGACUCCGGCGACGACACAGGACCAAGAACCCGAGAGACACUUUGAUUUUACGCCCUUAAUGAUCAACUCCAGCUUCCAUUCCCAAAAUCACCUUGACGGGAAUGCCCCUCAUACCAGAACACUUCGAAAACCCGGAAACAUUGAACUGGACGGCACUUCACAAACUUUGACGCCCGCGACAUCGUAUCGGACUCUUCGGAAGGCCAGAAACCAGUCCUCAUCCUCUUUAGCGUCCCGUUCCAGCACCUUGAAGCGGGAGAAGGCCGACACCGCGAGCUCCACGCCUCUGGCGACUCUCAGGAGGCCAAAGGCUGCGGAGAGUCAAGGACCGUACGACGCGGAACAACGGCGGAUGCUUCGGAACCUGGUACGGCUGUCCAUGGCGGCGUUCGCAGACUCCAUCGAGCUCUCCUCAGCCUCCCCGGAAGUGCAGCAGAUCUCCCAGCUCCUCUCCCUGCUUCGUCAAGGUCAGCUGCAGCCAAGACCAAACUUCCGAGGAAACAAAUUCUCUCAGCGAGCCGCCGGCAGGUAUGCAGGUCAGGACAGUUGUGAUUGGCAGAGCACCAAAGACAGCGGACACGGCGAGAGCGAGGCCGGGGACGUGGACUGGGAGGCAGGGAGAGACUCGCCCAUCGACCCGCAACUUGAGGAGGGGCUUAACAACCUGCUCAACAACGCUGAGGACGUCUUCUCAGAGGUCAACGACCCGGCGUGGAUGGCCCGCCUCUCGGUGACGCUGUCCGGAGAUUACCAUGACAACGUCUUCGUCCCCAACGCGCCGCCGUCCUCCGACUGCGAGCUCCUCCCCCGCGCCGGCUUGGACUCGUCGUCCUCCUUCUCCACCUUUGGUAAAAGUCCGGAGAAGGACGGCCCACUGGGCGGAGCCUUGUUGUCGGAGGUGAGCACCCUCUUCGAGAUGCUGAUGACGCAGAAGGCCGACGCCCACCCCGGCCCCCGAGCCGACGUCCUCUACCGACUGUCCUCGGCGUGCCGGCGCUCGCUGGACUCGGACGGCAACAGCGGACCAAUCAGGGGCCUGGCCCCGCCCCCUGCACGCUUUUAACACUGGAAACAAGGAGAGAGAGAGGAGUCAUGUGAUCAGAAAGCAUACUUGUCAAUUUAAACCAGGGGUGUCCAAAAUGUGGCCCGGGGGCCAUUUACAGCCCCUAACUAAUGUUUUAACAUCCAUCCAUCCAUCCAUCCAUCUUCUUCCGCUUAUCCGAGGUCGGGUCGCGGGGGCAGCAGCCUAAGCAGGGAAGCCCAGACUUCCCUCUCCCCAGCCACUUCGUCCAGCUCUUCCCGGCGGAUCCCGAGGUGUUCCCAGGCCAGCCGGUAGACAUAGUCUUCCCAACGAGUCCUGGGUCUUCCCCGUGGCCUUCUACCGGUUGGACGUGCCCUAAACACCUCCCUGGGGAGGCGUUCGGGUGGCAUCCUGAGCAGAUGCUCGAACCACCUCACCUGGCUCCUCUCCAUGUGGAGGAGCAGCGGCUUUACUUUGAGCUCCCCCCGGAUGACAGAGCUUCUCACCCUAUCUCUAAGGGAGAGCCCCGCCACCCGGCGGAGGAAACUCAUUUCGGCCGCUUGUACCCGUGAUCUUGUACUUUCGGUCAUAACCCAAAGCUCAUGACCAUAGGUGAGGAUGGGAACGUAGAUCGGCCGGUAAAUUGAGAGCUUUGCCUUCCGGCUCAGCUCCUUCUUCACCACAACGGAUCGAUACAGCGUCCGCAUUACUGAAGACGCCGCACCGAUCCGCCUGUCCAUCUCACGAUCCACUCUUCCCUCACUCGUGAACAAGACUCCGAGGUACUUGAACUCCUCCACUUGGGGCAGGGUCUCCUCCCCAACCCGGAGAUGGCACUCCACCCUUUUCCGGGCAAGAACCAUAGACUCGGAUUUGGAGGUGCUGAUUCUCAUCCCAGUCGCUUCACACUCGACUGCGAACCGAUCCAGCGAGAGCUGAAGAUCCUGGCCAGAUGAAGCCAUCAGGACCACAUCAUCUGCAAAAAGCAGAGACCUAAUCCUGCAGCUACCAAACCAGAUCCCCUCAACGCCUUGACUGCGCCUGGACAUUCUGUCCAUAAAAGUUAUGAACAGAAUCGGUGACAAAGGGCAGCCUUGGCGGAGUCCAACCCUCACUGGAAACGGGUCCGACUUACUGCCGGCAAUGCGGACCAAGCUCUGACACUGAUCAUACAGGGAGCGGACCGCCACAAUCAGACAGUCCGAUAUCCCAUACUCUCUAAACACUCCCCACAGGACUUCCCAAGGGACACGGUCGAAUGCCUUCUCCAAGUCCACAAAGCACAUGUAGACUGGUUGGGCAAACUCCCAUGCACCCUCAAGGACCCUGCCGAGAGUAUAGAGCUGGUCCACAGUUCCACGACCAGGACGAAAACCACACUGUUCCUCCUGAAUCCGAGGUUUGACUAUUCGGCGUAGCCUCCUCUCCAGUACACCAGAAUAGACCUUACCGGGACGGCUGAGAAGAGUGAUCCCACGAUAGUUAGAACACACCCUCCGGUUCCCCUUCUUAAAGAGAGGAACCACCACCCGGGUCUGCCAAUCCAGAGGUACCGCCCCCCAUGUCCAUGCAAUGUUGCAGAGUCUUGUCAACCAAGACAGCCCCACAGCAUCCAGAGCCUUAAGGAACUCCGGGCGGAUGUCAUCCACCCCCGGGACCUUGCCACCGAGGAGCUUUUUAACUACCUCAGCAACCUCAGCCCCAGAAAUAGGAGAGCCCACCACAGAUUCCCCCAGGCACUGCUUCCUCAUAGGAAGACGUGCUGGUAGGAUUGAGGAGGUCUUCGAAGUAUUCCCUCCACCGAUCCACAACAUCCGCAGUUGAGGUCAGCAGAACACCAUCCCCACCAAACACGGUGCUAGGUUUUUUAAGCUAAUUUAGCAGGGUCCAAAAUGUUGUUACUUGACGAAUGCUACCUAUUAGCAUGCUAACAUUAGUAGGCUAGCUUUUUUAAGCUAAUUUAGCAACGUCCAAAAUUUUGUUACUUGACGAAUGCUACCUAUUACCUUGCUAACAUUAGUAGGCUAGCUUUUUUAAGCUAAUUUAGCAACGUCCAAAAUUGUUACAUGACGAAUGCUACCUAUUACCUUGCUAACAUUAGUAGGCUAUCUUUUUUAAGCUAAUUUAGCAGGGUCCAAAAUUU